GUCUUUAGACCCCCUUUCUGUUCUUUCUGCCAAAACCACCCUCAAAUCUCUCUCUUUCUCUCUCUGUCUUCGAUUCUCAGAAGAAAAUAAAAAGCUUCAGUCUUUCUCUCUCUAGAAAACAAUGGGAGACAGCCAAUACUCGUUUUCUCUUACCACUUUCAGUCCUUCAGGGAAGCUAGUGCAGAUCGAGCAUGCUUUGACGGCAGUCGGGUCUGGCCAAACCUCACUGGGGAUCAAAGCUGCUAAUGGGGUUGUUAUUGCGACCGAGAAGAAGCUACCUUCAAUCUUGGUUGAUGAAGCAUCCGUUCAAAAAAUACAGAGUUUGACGCCAAAUAUUGGACUUGUUUACAGUGGCAUGGGUCCUGAUUUUCGAGUCUUGGUUCGAAAAAGCAGGAAGCAGGCAGAACAGUAUCACAGAUUAUAUAAGGAACCUAUCCCUGUUACUCAGCUUGUGAGGGAAACUGCGGCUGUUAUGCAGGAGUUCACUCAAUCUGGUGGUGUAAGGCCAUUCGGAGUAUCUCUUCUGGUUGCUGGGUUUGAUGACAGUGGUCCCCAACUAUACCAGGUUGAUCCUUCCGGUUCAUAUUUCUCGUGGAAAGCGUCUGCAAUGGGGAAGAAUGUCUCAAAUGCAAAAACUUUUCUUGAGAAGAGGUAUACUGAAGAUAUGGAGCUUGAUGAUGCUGUGCACACGGCUAUUUUGACUUUGAAGGAGGGAUUUGAAGGACAAAUCUCAGGAAAAAACAUUGAGAUUGGGAUAAUUGGCACGGACAAAAAGUUCAGAGUGCUAACUCCAGCAGAGAUUGAAGAUUAUUUGGCUGAGGUGGAGUAGUGUGUGCCUGUUACUGCAGAAAGUUCAAAAACAUUACUUUUAAAAAUUCCCACUUUAUGUUGCAUGAUGGUUACAUAUUUUAGCAAAAAUGAUUUGGUACACGAUUUCAUGCGGGCGGGUGAAUCUUCAGGAACCGGAUCACAAACUUAUCGAGCUCAAGCAGGCAUUACAGUUGCCACCAUUUGUAGCCUUAAGCCUGACAAAUCCUAGACUCGUUGCGAACAGCUUUGAACUUAUUGGCCCCAAAAUAUGCACUCUUUUUAUGAACUCUGCAUGUAUGAAUUGAAAAUGGAACUUCUAUCUGUU